AGCUGUUUCCGCCAAGAGUUUAUUUAUUGCACAGACGUUUGUUUUGCCAAUCGUUACAUUAUGUUUAUAUACUUAGGAUCGCGUUUGCAAACAAAUGGUGUGCGGGGCGGUGUACAGUUAGUAAAGAAGUACACAGCCGUUCAACAGCUUCACACCAGUGCCCGGGCACAUAACUAUGCCGCCGCUGCCCCAUUGCCGCUACCGGAAAAUGUAGACGCCGCGGAGCUUACGCAGCGUUUCUCCGCGCAACGUUCUCGUGACAUAACAGCAACGGUGAUGUCCGCACAAGCGCCCAUUUCAACGAUUGACAUUACAACUGACAACAGCCUUGGCGCCCAAUCGGUUUCUAGCCAGGAUGCGCAUGUGCAGUCCUAUGACUGUUUCGGUGCCGUCAGCCUAAACUCUGCCAUGCAGAGUAACGUGCCCCAACCAUUUGGUGGCAUGCACAAAUUCUCGCACCUGAACAUGCCGGGUGGUCAGUGGUCGCAGGAGUAUAAAUUUAUGUCCGAGGACUUGACCAGCUCCCACUACCGCGCGCUUCGUGACAGCGCACGUGCUGAAUGGGCUGCCUACGAUCAAAACGCCACUAUGCUGGCUCGGCAACCAAACAAAGCACGUUUCGCAGAAUUUGCGCGCAGGUACAGCACACAAGCGACCCCGCCCCAACAGGCAACAAAGGAACAAGCAACAGAGACAGCAUGUGGAAAAAAGCCAAGCAGGAAGGAGCAACUGAAGAACGCUGUUAAAGAGUACGGCAGCACCAUUGUAGUGUUUCAUGUCGGCAUCUCGCUUAUAUCGCUGGGCGGUUUUUACUUGCUCGUGUCCAGUGGAAUAAAUGUUAUGCCUGUUCUGGAAUACCUUGGAAUCGAGUCGCAGGCUAUUUCCGAUAAAAUUGCCACCGGCAGCACAUUUGUGGUCGCCUAUGCUGUCCAUAAGGUCUUCGCACCUGUUAGAUUAAGCAUAACAUUAGGAUCGGCACCGUUUAUAGUGCGUUAUCUUCGUUCCAAGGGAUUUUUAAAAGUAAAGGCCAUAAACAACAAAACGUAAUCGAAUUGCAAUUAUGAUUUUAUGUAUUGUUAUUAUUAUAUUAUAUCCAUUUAUUAUACACGUAUCUGGCAUUUCAA